AUGGAUGGCCGCACAUCAAGAGCAGAAUCAGUGGCUUCGACAUCAAGGGCACUGCGAUCAUCGCCCCUCAAGCGCCAAGUCCGGGAUUUCGAGAUCGAUGGAGGAGAAGAGACCAACAUCAAUGUUGUCGUCCGAUGCAGAGGGCGCAACGACCGCGAAGUGCGCGAAAACAGCGGCGUCGUCGUGUCAACGAACGGAAUCAAGGGUUCGACUGUAGACUUGACCAUGGGGCCUAGUUCGGCCAGCAACAAGACAUAUCAAUUCGACAAGGUCUUUUCUCCCGCAGCCGAUCAGAGCAUGAUCUUCGACGAGGUCGUUUCGCCAAUUUUGAAUGAGGUCGUUGACGGCUUCAACUGCACAAUCUUUGCCUAUGGCCAAACCGGUACUGGCAAAACCUACACCAUGACUGGUGACAUCUCCAACGUCCUGCCACUCCCAGAUGCUGCGGGAAUAGUACCGCGUGUACUGCACGCUCUUUUCGAACGCCUCGAAGCUGAUGAGAUUGAGAACUCUGUAAAAUGCUCCUUUAUCGAGUUGUACAACGAAGAGCUGCGCGAUCUGCUAUCCCCCGACGAUGCCACAAAACUCAAAAUCUACGACGACAACAGCAAGAAGGGUUCCACCACUACCUUGGUGCAGGGCAUGGAGGAAUGCCAUCUCAAGACUGCGUCCGAGGGUAUCAAGCUCCUGGCCAAUGGAAGUCACAAGCGACAAGUCGCGGCGACAAAGUGCAACGACCUCAGUUCGCGAAGUCAUACUGUUUUUACCAUUACCGUGUAUAUCAAGCGAACAACAGAAGAUGGUCAGGAAUAUCUUAGCGCCGGAAAACUCAACUUGGUCGAUCUUGCUGGUAGUGAAAACAUCCAGCGCAGUGGAGCUGAGAACAAGCGUGCUGCAGAGGCUGGUCUCAUCAACAAGAGUUUGCUAACAUUGGGUCGCGUUAUCAACGCGCUGGUCGAGCGCAGCUCUCAUAUCCCCUACAGGGAGUCAAAGCUGACCCGUCUGCUGCAAGACUCACUAGGUGGACGAACAAAGACCUGCAUCAUUGCAACCCUGUCACCAGCUAAGAGCAAUCUCGAGGAAACUAUCUCCACCCUGGACUACGCCUUCCGCGCAAAGAACAUCCGGAACAAACCCCAGGUCAAUCAGCCAAUCAACAAGAAAACUCUGUUAAAAGAGUACACCAUGGAAAUCGAGAAGCUGAAGAGCGAGUUGAUAGCAACACGGCAACGAAAUGGUGUUUACCUUACCCAGGAAAACUACGAUGAGAUUACGACGGUAAGCGAGUCGAGACGCAUCCUUAGUGAGGAGCAGCGCGAACGACUUGAGACUAUGGAGGUCAAUCUCCGCACAAAGGUUGAAGACCUUUUCAAAUUGACAACCAAGUUCCAAACACUCAAAAAAGACAAUGAACAGACGCAAUUGGCGUUGGAUGGCACAAAGGGCAUCUUGGAGAAGACGGAGAUUGUUUUGAACCACACUCGUCAAAACCUGGACGAGGAAGUGGAACUACGCAAGGCGCACCAAAAGACGGAAGAAGAGCUGGCAGAAGUAGGACGAGACAUGAUGUCAACCUUGGGCAAGACAACAUCAGCAAUCGAUGGCUUGAGGUCGAAAAUCCGCCGAAAAUCCGAGCUCCAGUCACAAAACCGACGUAAUUGGAAUUCUUCGCAAACGCAGGUUGUAGACACCACUCGCCUAGUUGAAGACCGGAUCGAGGAGUUCCAACAUCAGCAAGAACAACUGAUGGAUGCCAUUUCGGAGCGUAUGCAGACAUUCGUCCGGGAUGAACUCGAGAAGCUGGGCGCUUCGCAGUCUUUCUUGCAAGAGAAGAUGGAAGCAUACCAAACAUCCGAGGCGGAGGUUAACGGACAGACUGCGCAAGCGCGCGAUCACAUGAACGAGGUCCUGGAGGAGAUCAAGACAUUGCGCGAGGAGGUGAAGACUAAGAUUGGCGCAGGCCUCGAUGAGCUUUCUGCUGCAGCAGAGACCAUUUCGGCAAACAUCAUCACAGAAUUGGAUGCUUUCCACACGCAAGUCCACUCAUCGUAUGCAAGUCUAGGGCGCGACUUCAAAACCACUUUCGACGAUUUGGUCAAAGAUUUGAACGAUCAGCAAGUCGAAAACGAGCGACUACACCAGCAGGUUGUAGAGGCCAACACAGCUUUGAUUGAGGCACACAAGGCGUCCGAGGGCCAGCUUGCGAAACUCGUAGAUGAAGAGAAACAAAAGUCUGCCGAGGACCGGCAAGAGCUGUUGGCACAAAUCACUGCGCUUAUGACUGCAAACGCAGAUGCACAAGAGAAGAGGCUGCAAGAAAGGCUCUCUGCUGUGCGUGGAGAAAUUACCGCUGCCAACACUGCGUUCGAAGCCAAGCAGGGCGCCUACACAGAAGGCGUCAACGCGUGGUCAGACAAAUCAAAAGACAUCUUGGCAGGUGUCUCAAAAUCGCGAGAGACUGUCAAGACCAAGAUCAAGUCUGACUUUGCUGCUGCAACCGAACAUUCCACCUCGAUCAAGGAGACCACCACAUCUGUUCAUGAAAGUACUGUCAAAACGGUCGAAGCCCAAAUGGCGCAUCUGGACACCCAGUUGCAAUCUUUGGACGACAUCGUUUCUCGUAUCCGUGAGCAGAACAAUGCUCACCACGCUGCGCAUACAACAUCGCUCGCUGCACUCUCUUCAACAGUAGGAGCCUCGUACUCCAGCAUAGGAGAACACUUGGCUUCUUCCUUUGAUCGCGUACAGUCCCUCGAGUCUGAAAUGUCAGAACACACAUCUGGUCUGAAGGAGACAUUGCCAUCGCUGUCUGCUGAAUCAGAUAUUCGCGCACCACUCCACGAGCUCCGUGAAACUGUCGCCAACCAAAAUCUCAUCGAGUACAACCCCACUGGCGAGACACCUCAGCGCGUAUCCUACAACAUCCCCUCGACCCUUCCUCGCACCGAAGCUCACGAAAACAUCAUUUCUCGUCUCCGCAAUCGUCCCACAUCGUCCGACAGCAACGUCCGCAGUCCAUCCAAGCAACCCAUCUUCAACGACGCCACAAACUCUCUCAGUCUCGCCUCCCCAACCAGCAUAUUCUCUCCCACCGCCACCAAGCUCGAGUUCCCCUUGAUCAGUGCGCAUGCCCACACGAUAUCACAUCUCCCUACUAGCGGAGGAGGCAACCCCUCUUCUCUGCGGGAGCUAGAUGUUAACGUGGUGGCGCAGGAAGCUCAUACGCAGCCUCUUCCCCAUCUCGCAUCCCAGUCUUCUUCCGACUCGCUGGCCAGCGGGCUGGUGCCGCCAAGCAAGAAUAAGCGUACAAGCAGUGAGGAAGUGAGUAAGCUGCCGAUGAAGAAGAUGAGGAAGACGGUGGGGAUUGCGGGGGAGAAGACAGAUCGGGAGAAUAUCACGAAUUUUGGGAAUAGCGUAGGCCCCGGGUUGGCGGCUGGAAGGAAACUUCGGAGUCAUGGGAGUAAUGCCUAG